CUGUAUAUAUAUUUUGAUUUAGCUCAAUUUGGCAUAGUCCCCCGCGAGAUUCUUCGACCAUUGCGCUCUUCCAGCCCGCACAACUUCAGCGGCAGUCUGAUCAGCUUCGACAGUUCUCCGGAGUCCUCCAAAACAGCUCCGGCUAGUCAAGUUUUGCUACCCGGUGCGGCUGAACUACAAUGUACGUUCUCUCUUAAUGAUUCUAAUUCAACUCGGUUCAACCAUCGAAGCAGUGGCCUGAUCCCUCCUUCCACUGUCAUCGUGGAUCGAACUAAAAGUAUGACUUUCAAUGAAGACAAGAUUCCCCGAAAAAUGUCCAGAAUUGGUGAGAACUUAAAACCGUCUCGUCCUGCGCCGCCUCCUCCUGGCCAGAAUUCAUCGUCGGAGGCCAUUGACCCGUCAGCGAGUAAGCUGAACAAAAGUAUGACCGAAUUUUGUCUGGUCGAUUUUGACUUCUCCGCGUCUGGACCCAACGAAGUCACUGUUCACGCACAGGAGCUGGUGGCCGUUCAUUCCAAGCAGGAUUUAGAGGGCAAUCCUGAUUGGUGGCUGGUCGAAACGGAAGAUGGGGACAUUGGAUACGUCCCCGCCAAUUACCUGUCUUCAUACACCUUUGUCUGA